AUGGAUGUGGGCGAAUAUGAGACCAACACCUUUGUGGUCAGCAAUAUUGCGUCCAUCGCAUUUCGCGUCUAUCGACCGGUCGUCUCGUCGUCACCGUCCGUCUAUACCUCUUCCGCACCCGACGUUGAGAAGGCCCUCCGCAACGAUGGCCAUCUCGUAUUUGCCGACACGCGCCGACAGUGCAUCUGGUGCUUCCGACUCAUGCGCAGGGACGGUUCUGCCAUGGGAUCGCCUGCAAAGUCCGAGCUCGCCACCACCAUGGACGUUGGGCCAUACAAGCUCAUAGCUGUGGACGAUGGUGCGUUUGAGCCCAUCAGCCUCCUGAAAGGUUCAGGAGGCCGACCUCACAACACGGUUGCGGUAAAUACGCCCAACAGCUCCUCGUCAGCCGUCUCUGCGUUUGAUUCCACCGCCAGAAGUACCACGGGUCCGGCAUCACAGUCAGCCGGCCUACUGCCACUGUCCCAAACGUCGAACAUCAGUGCAGCUGCCUCGGACCUCGACACCCACAGCGUGCAUUCGCAAGCAGCCACCCAGCCCGACCAGAAGGGACUUCUGCCGGUUUCCGCCAAGGUAGUAUACAACUUUUUUAUCUCGGCCGUGCUUGCGGGCCUAUCGUCUGCCUAUUGUGCAAAAGCACGGGCAAUUGCUCUCAACAGCAGAACAUUGUUGCUUCCUCCACUAGACCCUCUGUGGGAUGGUGAUGAGAGGAGCAGAUCGGAUGGCAGGGCAUUGAUCGCGACCCUUCGCGUUACCCUCACCACCGCCGGCUCUCUCCUCUUGUACAUCUCCCACACCGUUCUUCACGGCAUGGGCUGUUCGGAGUGGGCCUGUUACGCUGGGAUUCCGCCCGAGGGAUGUGCUGUCCUCACUGCGCCCUGGGGAAAAUUUGCAACGGUCCGAGGCGUCUACCAACCCCCUAUGCCGGCUGGAAUGGGGCUGAAACGGAAGCAAGUUUCUGCUACUAGUGCUCCUCUUAUGUGGAAGAACUUUGCUUCCAAGAUGCUCGAAACCAGGGGAAUCUCGCCUGUAAUUUUGCAGAACUCGUCUUGGUUGCGCAUCGAAUUUUCCCUGAGCGAAGAGGCACCGAAUGAUGUCCCCGUUGUGAUGCUAUGGCCGUCCGUGCUCUGUUUCUGGAGUCUUGAGAGUCCCACCAUAACGACUGCGCCAUCCCAGAGACUAGAUCCGCUGUCGGAUAUCAGGGAGGCCUACCUGGAGGAGACGAAGGAAGACGACCCUGCCGCCAAACUGGAAGAUAUGGAUGUACCUAUGGAAGACAUUCAAAUGGUUGCGGACGACAAGGGCAAGCGGUCGGUUGAUCGACAACCCCUCUCUGGAGCAUUAAACACCUACAAUAAUGUCUCUAUAAACAGUGCUGCCGCUGCCGCUGCCGCUGCUUCUGCGAACUCUGCUGCUCUGGGGGCUAUGUACCCAACGCCACCCGACGGUGUCUUAAAUGCUGUGGGAGUGACGCCAACUUUUGACGGAUCUACGUCAAGUCCUGGGAAUAUGGCAAGUACCACUGCCCUAGCCUACCUAGACGGCAGCGUACCACAACUUGGUGCUCAUGACGCGUCCUUGGGCGACUUUUGGGAUAGUGGAGAGCCAAAACGCGAAGAACAGGAAGAGCCAUUUACCGCUGAACCCGAUGCCCUUUUUGGCGACAUUGGCGCCGACAUAUUUGGAGACGACAUCACUGAUGCAGACUUCAACUUUUUCGACGAAAAGCCAGACAGAGCCGAUGCUGGCGCGUCCUCGGCGGUCUCUGACAAGAUGGACAUGGUCGAAAGCCCACAGCAAGCGUCGCCGCAGGCAGAUCAACAAGAGCCACCGCCCACUGAAGUACCUCAGAUGGAAGAAGCGGUACCAGAAGAGAAGACACCCUCAAGGCCGGAGUCUCCCGUCUUUGCGAAGCCCGAGCUGAAGAAUGCGCGCAGCAACCUCCCGGGCGAGAGCCAGGCGGUCAAGCCGGCCUCGAAUGCGCUCGAUACAAAGCCGGUCGCGGCCGGAAUCAAGCGUCCACCGAGUCCAUUCGACGCCUUGACAGUAUUUAAGCGCAUCAGGGCAACGACGGAAGACAGCAAAAGCCAGAAAGUGGCGCCGAAGCAACCUUUCGCACGCCGAGGAAACUUGUUUCAAGGGCUCAAGUUUAGCGACUUCAUGAUCGAGAACAACAAGAAGUACGAACAGAACGGAAAGUUCGGCUUUCGCUGGCCCCAUCCCGAGACAGACAUGUUAUCCGACCUGUCGAUGGUGACGUCGCCAACCGCUUUCCGACGACCGACUGGAAAGCAGGCCAACCCUUCGGAUUCGUCUCCGGAAUGGGCUGCCCUGAUCACCAGCAUCACUCGCGGACUGAAAUCUAGCUCGUUACAGGCGCAGAGCUUCUUGGACGAUAGUGAGGACUCGUCGUCGGGCUCAUCCGAGGAUGCAUUGUCUUCCGAGGACACGGACGACGAUGACGAGGCGAUGACUGUAUCUUCGGCGCCGAGAAAGCCCGAUAUGAGUGAGAGCAUGCCGACUCCCGAGGCAGCUGCUGAAUUGUCUAGAGCGUACAGCGAGGGUGUGUGGGACGUUCCUAUUGCGCGGUAUUUUGUCGAUCCAAUGCCGCCGCCAACAGAGCUGGCCUACACGGACAAUGAUGUUAUCGACGUGGCGCAAAUCCUGACACAGCAGGUCACCCGGAUGACGAUCCGAUCUGGAUUCGACGAGGACGAGGCACGGGACCUGCAGAAGACGAAGCUGCGCAAUACGCUAUUGCAGCGCAUCCGCUAUUCGGUAGCGACGCUUCACGAUGUCCUUCCUGCAGCGCUAGACGAGGCAACACGAUGUUCACUCAAGCCAUACCUGGACGUCCAAGAUAUCCCGCUUCUUGUCCAGCCAGCUCGACCGCGACAGCCCCUUGGUCAGGAGCAACUGAGGCCGAACGUCUUCCACAUUCCGACUCCGCAUGUGGAGAUUCAGCGGCACGAGUGGACGCUUUCGCUGGCCCCUACGGCCAUUGAUUUCUGGGACACGUUGGCCCUUGAGCCGCUGCAUGGCAGCAAAGAGAUCCGGGCAGUCUGCGUGUACCCCGACUUCGAUGGGCUGGACGACGAGGUGAACGGAUUUCUGAACCGGAUGCGGAUCGUGUACGAGUCGCUGCGGCUUGGCUCACACGACCGGCUUUCGGAAAAGUCGGGCCAUGUCACAGAGGGCAUGGUUUCAUUCGAUGCCAGGGUGUCGUCGGGCACACCGUCUGGAAUAGCAACACCGCGCCCCGAGUUUGCGGGAGCGGACCAAGUGCACAGGCUCGCGCAGGCGCUGGCGGCAGAAGAUGCGCAAGGCAAGAGCCUGGUGGUGUACUUUGUGUACUGCGAGGAGGUGACGGGAGCGGUGGUGGAUGCGUGUCUGGCAUUCCAGCGGCUCUCACAGCUGUACGAGAUGGCCGUGACAGGCUGCAGCAGCGAGCCGGGCGAUCUUGUGCUGCAGCUGAUCCCGACGAGUUUCCUUGCAUCGCCGACGGCACUGGUAGUUCCGACACCGGCAGAUCUGCUACGGCUCUCGCUGGAGGUGUACGACCGCUGUGCGUCAGCGCGUGGCCCGCGGCCAGCACCAGCUUUCCUGCUGGAGCAGCCGCCGCCGCGGAUGCUGGAUCUGCGACUGUCGGCCACACCAUCGGUGGAUGUGCAGCGUGAGAACUCGUGCAUCCAUGUGGCCUAUGCACGGAGCACGGACGAGCGAUGGAUGACGGCAGCGUGGACGGACAGCAGCGGGUGGCGACAGUUCAGCUCGGCGUACUGGGUGGGACGGAAGGGAAGGCUGCCGGCGACGUCGUUUGCAGCGGUGGCUCAAGAGAUCUGGGACAAUACAUGCGCGAUUGUGGGGAAUCUGAAGGUGAACUGGCGGGCGAUCAUCACCAAGUGCGGUCCGAUGGAGCCGGAGGAGAUGGAGGCCUGGACAGAGCUGGCAAAGGCCGAGACGCGGGCCAGCAUCAGCGUGACGCUCGUUACAGUGGAUACACAGCCGUGUCUGGAGCUGAUUCCUCCUGUGGUGAUGGUGCCACCGACGGUGCUUCCUCUGCUCUCAGCGGCGACGCCGGCACCAACGCCGCAGGCCUCGGCCGUGUUCUCGCCCGAGCAGAGCGGCAACCCAAGCGCGGACGCAAACCUGGCAGCAGCCGGGGCAGAUCCCAACGCAGUGGCAGAGAUCGACGGCAACGUGGCUCUGGUGGACGUGACGGACAACGCGUGGGGAGCGAUAGCAUCGCAUCGGCUGAACAUAGCAGCGACGUGGAUCGACCAGCGGCCGGCGCUCGUGAGCGGCUAUCUUGUCAAACGGGGUGGACUCGGACGCGACGACGCGCCGGUGGUUUUGGAGGUGAACGUGAUCCGCACCGAAGGCAGUCCGCGGACGUAUGAGCAGCUCGUGCGAGAGCUCCUGUCGUCGUUCCGGGGUCUGGGCACACUGGCGCGAGCCAGGGGCAUUCUCGACGGCGAGCGGGAUGUUCGGCCGUGGCACAUUGCCGCAGCCGAGCGAGCGGCAAAGGCGCUUUGCCGGUGGAUGUGA